UUAGCCCCACUUGCUUCCUUCUUCUUCUUCUUUCUUCAUCUCUCUUUCUCUUUCUCUUUCUCUCUGUUUCACCGCUACUACAAACGAAGAACAUUGAAGCUUCUUCACCUCUUUUUAACACAUAAAUGAGAGACCUUUCGAACCCAAAGACGAGCUUCAACAAACAAUGGCCACCUAUUGGAGCUCCGAUGAAUCUCAGGCGAGAAGAAGAGCCGUGGAAAUCUCAAUUCGACGACUCAGUUAACGCUGUCUCCUUUGGUUUCGUUGCUACAGCUAUUCUCAUCUCUAUGUUCCUCGUUAUGGCUAUCUUCGAGAGACUGAUUCGUACCACCACCACUACUGCAACUACUACUACUAACUCAGAUUCCUCUUCAAGUCGGGUCCUUUCGGGUAUGGAUCCUCGGGUCGGGUUUCACAAUGGUUCCGCAAAUACUAAACUCGGUUACCAAUCUCCCAAGAUGACUAUUUACUCAAACGGGGUAUCAGUAUUGAUGCCAGGAGAUGAUAUCCCUACGUUCAUAGCUCAUCCAGCACCAGUGCCAGUGCCUUGUCCUCCUCAACAAAUCUCACAGUCUCAGCAUCAAUCUAGCUCAUCAAGAGACUCCUCCAACUCAAACUCCAUUCAAGAAUGUUGAAGACUGUUUAUUUAUCUCCAUCACCAUUCACCAUUGGCUUAUUUAACAUUCGAGCGACCAACCACAUUGAGUUGAGUUGAGUUUGGCAUCGGAUGUUUCUGUUUCCUCGUAUUGUUUUUUUUUUCUCUCCCGGUGAUUUCGCUACAUUGAUUGGGUUCGGGGAGAUUAUUUUAUCCGCAUUUUGUGUAAAUACUAAAUAGCAUUAGGAUCAAAAACUGGGUUAUCCCCUUUAGUUCAAAAGCCUUAAGCAUAUAUUCAAGAUUUGACUUGGGUUCA